AUGAAAUCGCACAUCCUGCUGCUUGGAUUCCUGGCCAUCCUUCUGGGGAUCCUAAGUGAGGAGAAUGUCAACGCAGCUGGACUUUUAUCCUCGUCGGCACAGACCCAGGGAUGCCAAUGCUCCCUGACGAUGUCCUGCAGCUGUUGCCAGAGUGUUUCGGUUGAUCUACUGAAUCAAAACAGCACUGUGUGCCUCACCUUGGGCAUCGGCUUGACCAGUGGAACCAUCAAUUUGGGAGCCACAAUGGAUGGAGAUGCGGUGGCCGCGUUCUCCAUCAGCACCACCAAGCCGCCCACAUACUGCAUCCCAGUGAUCUCCAUGGUUUCCCUGGACAUGUGCAUCAAAGUUAACAUCAAGAUGGCCGGAUUGGCGGUCAAGGCCUGUCCCACCUUCUAUACCGACUAUGCCACGAACCAGCUCGUGGGCUACGACUUUCCCUGCAUCCAAGUGGGCAUGGAUGGAGUUAGCCUGGUCUAG